GGCGCGAUGGUGUGGUCAGCUGUUGUGAGACGGGAUCACGGGAGGAAAAGAAAAUUCCACGUAACAGUCCGAACGGCGGUCACUUCCAGGCAGAGACUGAGGAGAGCCUGUGAUUUUCCUGUUCCACGCUGACACCCACACAGAUAUCAGAGAAGCUGGUAGUGGAGUAAGUAAUAUAGGGCACCAUUGUUUUGAGGCAGGAAGGGAAAGAAAAUGGAGCUGGAGGACGGAGUGGUGUACCAGGACGACACGGGCACGUCGGCGAUCAUGUCGGAGCGCGUGUCGGGCCUGGCCAGCUCCAUCUACCGCGAGUUCGAGCGCCUCAUCGGCAAAUACGACGAGGACGUCGUGAAGGAGCUGAUGCCGCUCGUGGUGGCCGUGCUCGAGAACCUGGACUCGGUGUUCGCGGAGAACCAGGAGCACGAAGUGGAACUGGAACUGCUCAAAGAGGACAACGAGCAGCUCAUCACGCAGUACGAGCGCGAGAAGGCGCUCAGGAAACACGCCGAGGAGAAGUUCAUCGAGUUUGAAGACUCCCAGGAGCAGGAGAAGAAGGACCUGCAGAACCAUGUGGAGAGGAUGAACUCACAAUCACGCCAGCUGGAGCUGAAACUCAAGAACUUUGCUGAUCAGAUAAGCCGUUUGGAGGAGCGGGAGGCCGAACUCAAGAAAGAGUAUAAUGCUCUCCAUCAGCGACACACAGAGAUGAUUCAUAACUACAUGGAACAUGUAGAGCGCAUUAAACUCCAGCAGAUAACCGGAGGAGAGGUCUCAGAUACAGGAACCCUGGGCAGAGUCAGGAAAGAGCGACCCCUCUCUCUGGGCAUCUUCCCCAUGUCUGGUGGUGGUGGGAACAACUCUCAGCUCCCAGAUUUUCUGGGCCGAGCAGAGACUCCAGGGACGGAGGGCUGGAGAUUCACUGAACUCAGUCAGCAUCGAUCGAAUGCCAGUCUUAAGCAGCUGGAGGCGGAGGAUCCUCCACAGAAAAGCGAGGGUAAUAGUGCACAGGAGGCUUGGGGGAAUAUGCUGGCAGACGACUGUAAGGAUGAGCUGUUGGGCUCCAGUUCUGUCACACCCAUGUCCACCACAGCCUCAGAGCCAGGGUUGGACUGUCAGCGGGAGAAUGGUGACGGUUCCAGCAGGUGUGCUGAGGUGCAGGCUGCACCGGGGACUCGCUCCAUCUCGACGGGUUUGGUGGAGAAUGAGGACAAGUCUGAUGUGCAAGCUAUUAUUGAGUCAACCCCAGAGCUCCAUCUGGACCUCAGUGGCUACAAAGGCUCCAGCACCCCAACUAAAGGUAUAGAGAACAAGGCGUUUAACCGGAACACAGACUCUCUGUUUGAGGAGCUGUCAAGCGCAGGCUCUGGCCUCAUUGGGGAUGUAGAUGAAGGAGCUGAUCUACUGGGAAUGGGCCGAGAAGUGGAGAAUCUCAUUCUGGAAAACACACAGCUCCUGGAGACAAAAAAUGCACUGAAUGUGGUAAAGAAUGACCUGAUCGUCCAAGUGGAUGAACUUACGUCCGAGAAAGAGGUUCUUCAGGGAGAGCUGGACACAGUUUUGCAGACGAAGGCCAAACUGGAGGAGAGGAACAAAGAGCUUGAGGAAGAGAUCAAGAAAGUUCGGGCUGAGAUGGAGAGCAGCAAACUGAAUAACAAAGAGGAAGAUGAGAGCGACGUGCCCACAGCUCAGAGGCGUCGGUUCACCCGAGUGGAGAUGGCACGUGUGCUGAUGGAAAGGAACCAGUAUAAAGAGAGGCUGAUGGAGCUACAGGAGGCGGUCAGGUGGACAGAAAUGAUCCGAGCUUCCAGGGAAAAUCCUGCUCUUACUGAGAAGAAGAAGUCCAGCAUCUGGCAAUUCUUCAGCCGGCUGUUCAGUUCCUCGUCCUCCAGCAGCAGCAGCAGCAGUGCGGUGAAGCCUCCUCCAUCUAAUGUCAAGUACAACCCACCCAGUGGCAUGAGGAAGAGCAGCACCUUCUCCCAGUUCCCCACUGAGCGUUCCAAAGCCUUUGACUUCCUCAAUGAUGAAGUGGACAUGAGCACGUCUCCAUCACGUAGGGAGCAGAAGAAGGCUCAGUACAGGCAGGUCAAAGCCCAUGUACAGAAGGAGGACGGGCGGAUGGCAGCUCACGGCUGGAGUCUGCCCAGUAAAUACAAGGAAGCAAAUGGUAGGCAAGCAGAGAAUAAGAUGAACUUGCCUGUGCCUGUGUACCUGAGGCCACUGACUCAGAAAGAUCCUUCCAUGAAGCUGUGGUGUGCAGCCGGUGUGAACCUCUCGGGUGGAAAGCCACAUGACGCAGGCUCAGGUGUGUGUAUUGAUGACUCUGGAGCUGAGGGAGAGAUUGCCAGACCGAGGAAAGGCUCUCAGAGCAGCCUGGACCAACAGGAGCAGGAGCACAAGGAGCAGGAACGAGAGGUGGCGCAGGUGGACAUGUCCAGCCAUGUUUGGAUCUGCACCAGCACACAAUCCUCCACUAAAGUCAUUAUCCUGGACAUGACACAGCCCUCUGAGCUGCUGGAUAGCUUCUACGUCUGCAACUCGCACGUGCUGUGCAUCGCCAGCGUGCCAGGUGUCCUGGAGACAGACUAUCCUGCUGGAGAAGAAGUUCCUCAGGACUCAGAGGCGAGGCUUGAAGGUUCAUUGACGAGCAGUUUGGCCAGUAACAGCUCACAUGGCAGUGAGGGAGCUCUGAGUGGCAUCUCAGCAGUUGGCUGUACAGCAGAAGGGACAGGAUCUGGAGCUCAGACAGGCAGCUCAGGAACCAAUGAGCUUCUGGCAGAGCUCAGUCCUGUAAGAGGUAGAGUGGAGUUGUCUAGGGAACCUAGUCCCAGUGAAGACGGCGUUCCCACAGCAGAGGAAGCCACUGAGGCUACUGAGGAAGAGGAGGAGGCACCGGGUACAGAAACCAGCCAGCCUGGCAUUUACACUGAGCACGUAUUCACAGAUCCACUGGGAGCACAGCCCACUGAGAGCUCUACAGCCACAGACGAUGUGAGGGAGUCGGGUCAAGAGAGAGAUGGAGCUGCUUCUCCAAGCAGCGAGCAGGAUCAAGUCAGGGAAGAGAUCCAGAGGAUGAGAAGCACCCUGCCUACCAUGUGGUUGGGAGCUCAGAAUGGCUGUUUGUAUGUGCACUCAUCUGUGGCCCGGUGGAGAAAGUGCCUCCAUGCAGUGAAGCUGAAGGACUCCAUUCUUAAUAUUGUCCAUGUUAAAGGACGAGUGCUUGUGGCUCUAGCCGAUGGUACACUAGCCAUCUUCCACAGAGGCCAAGAUGGCCAGUGGGAUUUAACCAACUACCAUCUGUUGGACCUGGGCCGGCCGCACCACUCCAUCCGCUGUAUGUCAGUUGUGCAUGAUAAAGUGUGGUGUGGCUACAGGAACAAGAUCUAUAUCGUCCAUCCCAAAGCUAUGAAGAUUGAGAAGUCAUUUGACGCUCACCCGCGGAAGGAGAGCCAGGUGCGUCAGUUGGCCUGGGUGGGUGAUGGAAUCUGGGUCUCCAUCCGGCUGGACUCCACCCUGCGUCUAUUCCAUGCACACACUUUCCAGCAUCUCCAGGAUGUGGACAUUGAGCCUUAUGUCAGCAAGAUGCUGGGCACAGGUAAACUGGGCUUCUCUUUUGUGAGAAUCACAGCUCUCAUGGUGUCCUGUAAGCGGCUCUGGGUCGGGACAGGAAAUGGCGUGAUCAUCUCUAUUCCUCUAUCAGAGUCCUUGGGUCUGCAGCAUGGAGUUCUCGGGCUGAGGGCUAAUAGGAGUGUUGGUGCGAUAGCGAGCCGGCCUGGUGGCGCAGUACGCGUAUUCGGGGAUGAGAGUGUGGACAGUGGGACGUCAGGCUCCUAUGUGCCCUACUGCUCUAUGGCCCAUGCUCAGCUUUGCUUCCAUGGUCACAGAGAUGCAGUCAAGUUCUUCGUUGCGGUGCCAGGUCAAGUUGUUCCUCCAGCAGCAGCAGCACCUGAUUACAUGACCCCAGACUCAGACUCUCCUUCCUCCAACAGUUCCUCACGAGAGCAGCAUCCCAAGUUUAUGCUGGUCAUGAGUGGAGGAGAGGGUUACAUCGACUUCAGGAUGGGUGAUGAAGAUGGAGCAGGAGUAGCUGAGGAUGAGGAAUCUCUAGAACCCACCCUGCAGCUGCAGUCCGCCGCUCCCACCAAAACCGAGCGCAGCCACAUCAUAGUCUGGCAGGUUGCCAACAACGACGAGUGAGCAGCCAAUCACUGCCUCAGGUUCAACAGAGAACUCCGCCCCUCAAGCCACCCUGUGGCCUGCUGUUACAUUUUUUAUCACAAAUUACUAGAAUUAUGAUUCCCAUGAUUAUUAUUAGAAGACGUACAGAAACCCAUUUCAUAAGGGUUACUUUUGUUUUUGUGUUUUCUUUGAAGUUUUACUACGUUCUAUUUUCAUUCACGCCAAGGCAUAAAGUCAAAGGGAAUCUGAGAAGUAAGGAAAAUGAAAGGGAGUAAAUGAAUCCAUCCAGGACUGUAAUUGUACAGUUUUAGUGACUGGGCUUUGUGAAUGGCCAGUCCAAAAAAAAAAAAAAAAAAAAAAGCCUAGUACUCCAGUAGAGUACUGAAGCACAGAGACCAGUGAAGGAAACACAUACUUUGAGUUUACACCAUGACUGCUCAUAUAAUUGCACAUAUAUAAGGGAAGUUCCCAUGUUCAAGUCAUUUGUUUUGUGCAAGAGAGAGAGAGAGAGACAGACAGAGAGAGGCUACGACUUGUGUGCACUGUGACUGGUGUCGCAGUAGCAUCGUGUGAUAUUUCUAGAGCAACAGAAAGCUAUUUUUGCUAUCUGCUUGGCAUGUGUCCUCUUUGCAUUGUCCUAGAACCUUAAAGGCCUAGUCUGUCUUGUCGUGUGUGUGUGUGUGUGUGUGUGUGUGUGUGUGUGUCUGUGUGAAUGAAGCAGUCCAGUGUGUUGUUAAGGCCCUAGCACUAGAUUCUGCCUCCUGUGGUAGCACCUGUAGGCUAGAGCUUUCUGGCACUUUAAAAUAGUGACCAACGUAAUUAGAUCUAAACGUAGAUCUACACUUAUUCUAAAAAGCAACACAUGUAUUUUUAUUUUUCCAAAAGGGGCUAGCCUGUUACCAAAGGAAAAAUCGUAGAACAAAUGCAUAACAGCCUCUAGUUGCUUGCAUUCCAUGUAGGCUUUUUGUUUUUUGGACAUUCACUACAAAAUUUUCAUAUUGAAGAUCAAAUUUUUUAAAGGCCUCAUUUCUUGACAGGGAUUUUAUCAGAACCACUUUACAUCGCACCUUACCUUGUUUGUUUCCAUGAACUAAGCCAGUGGGUUUUGUGCAUUCAUUUUUGUUUUGAGUGUUUACACAUCUGGUCUUCGAUGCUGAAACCAGUUUGUUCUUAUUCUUAUCUCUGUGUCAUUUUUACAGUGUUUAACUUUUUUUUUGUAUUUGAAGGAAAUAAAUAACAGGCAGUCUGAUUUUGUUUUAUUCCAGAAAGGGAAUAUUCAUAUAGGUAUUUUGCCAUUCCAGUAUUUAUUUUUUCAUAAUGAAUUUUGUGGUUCAGAAUGUAACUUUAUACAUGAACAUUCUAACAGUUUGUGUAAUAUCAGGCUCUCAAAAUGGGUUUAUGUGGUGUGUUAUUGCAGACAUUGUGAAGGAAUUGCAUUAUUACUGGUUGAUAAGUGUAACAUCAUGGAUCGGAAUAUGUAGGAUAUACAGAAUAACCUCUGUGUGGAUCAUCUGGAAUUCAACAUUCAUUGUACUAAGCUAUGCAUGUUUUUUUUAAAAGGACACUGCAAUGUGUUUGUUCAAAUCCCUGAUUAUUGCCACCUUUUUGGGUGGACUAGUGUGAGUGUGUAUGACUGAUGUAGAACUGUGUGUGUGUGUGUGUGUGUGUGUGUGUGUGGGUGUGGGUGUGGGUGCGUAUGUGUGGACGGUUGCUUGAUCCCUUAGACGACACAGGAUGUGCUGUGGUUGUCACAGCUUGUCAUUACUGUGGUUUUUCCUGUUCAAUGUUUGCUAAAACAGCAUCAUAGCCUUAUUUUUAACAAUCUAAUAAACUCAAUUUCAUGGGAAUUAACAGCA